GUCAAGUAACGGUCAGAAGAUUCGGAGAAGGGGCAAGAAAAAAAGAAAACAAAAAACCCAAAAAAAUGAUGAAAUUAAAAAUUAAAUGUUCUUAUAUAUACAGUUUGUAUAUCAAUGUAUUGAUGAAGAGAGAAGAAGAAUUCUAGAGAGAAGAUAACACAGAGCAAGUAAGGAAGACGGUAAUACUCCGAUCAAAUCGUUGCCGUUAGCCUUGUCGUUGUCCGUUGGAUUGCUCGAUUUCUUUCCAACAUUUUCCUCAACGAUCUUAUUGUCGUUGUUGACGGAAAGCGGGGAUAGGCAAGGAAUAGUUUCUUCAGAUCUGGCCUUCUGAAUGCUGGUGUGCGGUUAAUUGAAAUCAUCACAUGGCUCUCUCGAUGUACUGAUUGUGUGGUUCUGUUCUCUCUCCCGGUCCGUUUGAUCUUCUAGCAUAUUGGUUUUUCAAUUGAUGACCGUUAGUGGCACAGAUAUACUUCUGGUUCUACGGCACCCGGCUUCUGAGUUUGGGUUUGAGCUGAGAGUGAGGGGAAAGCUCUCUCCCUUUGCCAUCUCGGUUGCCAGCCGUGAGGAGAACCACUUUUGGUCAUUCCCUUCCUUUCAUGUCGCGUAACUUGGACAGUCCUGUGCAGACCCAGAUGGCUGUGGCAGCUUUCAAGAGUCCGCUUGGAAGUGGGGACUACCAUGGGUCUAAUGGGUUGGAAAGGAAAUCUUCAUUCUCGAGACGUGUUUUUGUACAGACCGAGACAGGCUGUGUGUUGGGGAUGGAGUUGAACAGGAGUGACAAUGUGAAUACUGUGAAGAAGAGGUUGCAGCUUGCCCUAAAUUUCCCCAUUGAGGACAGCUCUUUGACAUUUGGGGAUAUGGUUCUGGAAAAUGACCUCAGUGCCAUUAGGAACGACUCUCCUCUGCUGCUAACAAGGAAUCUGAUGCACAGGAGCUCGUCUACUCCGUGUUUGUCUCCAACUGGUAAGGACAACCAACAGAGAGAUCAAAGUGGACCAAUCGAGAUUUUGGGUCAUUCAAUUCGCUUUUCCAAGAUAAAACAACUCGUUAAGGAAACUAUCAAGGCGAUUAAGAAUGGGGUUGACCCAAUCCCUGCUCAAGGUGGGCUUGGAGGUGCUUAUUAUUUCAAAAAUGUUCGAGGUGACAGUGUGGCGAUUGUGAAACCUACGGACGAAGAGCCAUUUGCUCCAAACAACCCAAAGGGCUUUGUUGGUAAAGCCCUUGGGCAACCGGGUUUAAAGCGAUCCGUAAGAGUUGGUGAAACAGGGUUCCGAGAAGUUGUUGCAUAUCUACUCGACUAUGAUAAUUUUGCAAAUGUGCCUCCUACCGCACUGGUGAAGAUUACUCAUUCGAUCUUCAACAUUAAUGAUGGUGUGAAUGCAAACAGGCCACAGACCAAGAAGCUUGUGAGCAAGAUUGCAUCCUUCCAACAGUACAUCCCACAUGAUUUUGAUGCUAGUGACCAUGGAACUUCAAGUUUCCCUGUUUCUUCUGUGCAUCGCAUCGGGAUUUUAGACAUUAGGAUUUUUAACACAGAUAGGCAUGCAGGUAAUCUUUUAGUUAGGAAACUUGAUGAUGUAGGCAGGUUUGGUCAAGUGGAACUCAUCCCCAUUGAUCAUGGCCUCUGCUUGCCUGAGAGUUUGGAAGAUCCAUAUUUUGAGUGGAUUCAUUGGCCCCAGGCUUCCAUUCCUUUCUCAGAUGACGAACUUGAGUAUAUAAGCAAUCUUGAUCCUACUCGCGAUUCAGAGAUGCUGCGAAGUGAGCUCCCCAUGAUCCGAGAGGCUUGUUUGCGCGUCCUACAUCUCUGCACAAUUUUCCUCAAGGAAGCUGCUGCAUAUGGGCUGUGUCUUGCUGAGAUUGGGGAAAUGAUGAGUAGGGAGUUCCGCAAUGGUGAGGAGGAACCCAGCGAGCUUGAGGUUAUAUGCAUGGAGGCAAGAAGGCUUAUUACUGAGGAAAUCUUUUCCCCCAGGGGAGAAGUAGUUGAUGACGGCUUCCUAUUUGACAUAGAUUGUGAAGACAGUGGUUAUGAGUUAACCCAUAAAUUGGUGUCUGAAGACUCUGCAACAACGUUCCAUUUUGGUAAUGGCCAUGCUCUACUUUCUAGACUCGAUGAGUGCCCAGAGGAAGGAGAGGAAAGUGAAGGAGACGAGGAGAAUUUAGUUAGUCCUCCAACCUUAGCAAAGAGCCAGAGUAUUUCGAAACUGUCUAUGUCACUGAAAUAUACUAGCUUAGGCGAGAAGAAGCAGCCCAAGUUCCCAAAGUUCGCGGCGUCCAAAUCCGACAAUGCUACUAACUCAUCUAGUAGGAGGAGCGCCAACGUGCAGCUCCCAGCAAGCGCCGGCUAUGUGAAGCUGGCGGACAUGAAGGACUACGAGUGGGCACUGUUUGUGGAGAAGGUUCAAGAGCUGCUUCAUCCUGCAUUCGCCAAGCGCAAGUCUAUCACGCUGGGGCAGAAGCAGAGGCAGAGGCUUGGAACUUCCUGCCAGUUUUGAGACAUCAAGGUAUGGCUGUCGUACGUGUUGUUAUAGAGUAGAUUUGGUUUGUGCUUUCUUCCUCGAGUUGUAAUGGGAGGGAGCCGCGGUUAGAUGCGGUGACAUGUAAAUAUUCUUUGGAGUCGAGUCAGGUGAAUGAGUGUAAUUGGCUGUAUUUGAAAUGACAUUGUUUCAUAAAUAAUUUGUACUGAAAAUCUUGGAAAAGAAAAUCCAUCUUUGUACA